AUGGCCAACCUGGCGAGCUCCAAGAAGCUCCGCAUCGGCUUUAUCCACCCAGAUCUGGGAAUUGGCGGUGCGGAGCGUCUCGUCGUAGACGCGGCCGUGGCACUCCAGAACCUCGGCCACGAGGUCGUCAUGUUCACCUCGCGACACGACCCAGAGCGGUGUUUCGAGGAGACACGUAACGGAACUUUCCCCGUGCAUGUCCUCGGCUCGUCACUGCCGCGCAGCCUGCACCCCAAGCUGCCCAUGACAAUCGUGUUCUCCAUCCUCCGCUCCCUCCUCCUGACGAUCCUUCUCUUCUUGUCGCAGGUUAUUCCACCACCAGCAGGGUUUAUUAACCCCCUCGCGCCACUGGGCAAAUUCGACGUCUUCUUCGUCGACCAGCAGUCCGUCUGCGUGCCCUUCCUCCGCAUGCUCACGGGGACGCCGGUCGUGUUCUACUGUCAUUUCCCCGACAAGCUGCUCAGUGGCGGGUGGGAGAUUAGUGUGGGAGACGGGCCGAUUGACCUCUUGCAGCGGGGCGCGGGACGGCAGAGCCUCCUCAAGCGCGUGUAUCGCUGGCCGAUCGACCGCCUCGAGGAAUACACUACUGCUGACGUUAUCCUGGCCAACUCCAAAUUCUCGUCUCGCGUGUAUGCAGCCGCGUUCCCCUCGCUCGCCAAGAACCCACCCAAGGUGGUGUAUCCCUGCAUCGACGUCGAUGCGUACCAGAGCACCAAGGCGCGCAAGGGCAAGGGCCGAGCGAAUGCCACCGACGGAGUUGCUCUGAUUUCCUCCGACCGACCUACGCUCGUCUCAUUCAACCGCUUCGAGGCGACGAAGAACGUCGCACUCGCGAUCGAGUCAUUUGCAGAGAUCAAGCGCGGCGGCCUUGUUCCGAUGAGUGUUGCACAGAAGCUGCGCCUGGUCGUUGGUGGCGGGUACGACGACGCACAGGCGGACAACCGUGACACUUUGGCGGUGAACCAGGCGCUAUGCGAACGGCUGGGCCUGAGUUACUACGUCCUCAAGGACACGGGCUCGGCGCCACAGCCAGAGGACGUCGACGUUCUGUUCAUCCUGAACUUCACCACCGAGCAGCGCUCUGCCCUGCUGCUAUCGCCGCACACGUUCGCGCUGCUGUACACACCGACGAACGAGCACUUUGGCAUCGUGCCGAUCGAAGCAAUGGCGUGCGGCCUCCCCGUGCUGGCGUGCAACACCGGCGGGCCAACAGAAACGGUCAUCGAGGGUAUCACGGGGUACCUCCGCCCACCAAUGGUGGAGGAGUGGGCACCGGCCCUCGCGGCACUGAUUAACUUGUCAAACGAGGAGCGUGCGCGUUUCGCUAAGAACGGCAAGAUACGUGUACGGGAGCAGUUCUCGAGUGCCCCCCUCGGACGCGAGCUCGACACCGCAUGCCGCCAGGCCGCAGGGUCACCAGACCCACAGACGACUAUUGGCGACAAGUUCAUCCGCUUCGGCGCCAUCAUGAUCGCCAUCUCUGGCGGCAUGCUCGUUAUAGCGCUCGUCAUGGGACGAGAGUAG